AUGAAUUUACUCACGCGCAAAACUUCGAGCAAGUCGCUCUCGGAGAAGGAGAACAGAGGUAGAGGCUCGACGGGCCAGGAUGCUAGCGCAGCGGAGCGCAUUGCAGACGACAGCAAGCCGUCCUUCUUCCACCGCCUGAGCAGGAAGAGCAGCCGGUCCAGAGAACGGGAGACGCACAGUAGUCAGAAUGAGACCACGUCAACCCCGCAUCCGAGCGAGGCGAGCCAUGAGCGAGAGGCAGCGACUGCGAACGCGCAUAAUAAAAUCGUUUCUCCUAAAGUGGCCGAAGUCCAUCCAGAGCUUGCUCACGACACUAAAGGGAAGCAUUCUGUUCACGUGGACUCUUCACCCCACUCAGAGAACACUGAGGCCCUCCAGUCUAUUGACCCAGCCACGAAGGAGAAGGCUCCCUCACUACCCAGAAGCAAUGCCGAGAGGCUGCAAACAGGUACUGAAGCAGACGAUCAGCCCAAGACCAAGCGCCGUCCGGGAGGCUUGACUAAAGAAGACGUCGAGCAUCUCUUCUCUGGGGCUCCCCAAUUUAUCCUCGAGAAGGGUCGGAGAGGCCGCUAUUUUCCCCAAUCAUUUUUCCCAUGGAAUAAUGACCUAGAGAUAUCCGAUCUACAAGACCGGCGAUAUAUCAAGCACGAAAGCUUCGCGCUCGCAACGCUACACGCCCACUUGCCUAUUCCCGACGAAGUCAAUUGGAGACCGGGAAUGGCAGCCCCAACAAAGAAGCAGGGGCUUGAACUGGGGAAGCGACCAAUGUUUGAACUCGGAAUCUUUGAGCGGCCGAACAUGCUAGGCAUCGAAGGUCGAGAGCCGGGCUCAGUAGGCAUGCGAUAUUUCCUCGAAAGACCCGUUGCGGAUGGCAUGACGGACGAAAGGAUCAAGGAGCAUGGCAAGGACGUCGAGAUUGACCUGGCAAUCGCAAAUGCCCCGGCGCUCGAGGCUUUCAAGAUGCUCGCUCUAGGAAAAGACAAUGAGGAGCUGAAUGCCAAAAUCGGCAAGCAUGCGCCCGCUCAGGAACGAACCAGAUUGAUCAACGAAGGUCCUCGCGCCUGGAAAGCCGUAGGUGUCCGGGAUAUCAGCAUGGAAGUCCUGGCCGAGAGGAUGCACCGAGUGGGCGACUUGCGCGACCAUGUUCUCAAUGCCGGCUGGCGGACCACCGUCCUAAACCACAUUGACGCCCCGUCUCUCUAUUCCCAUCUCUUCAACGAGCUACUCUACCCACCUCACCGAGUGCCGUCGGAUGCCAAAAACGGGAAGACAUCCCUGAAGAUCCAGAUUGAAGCACUGGUCAAGGUUCUGACCACGCCUGGCGCCUGGCUCGAUCUGAGCAUCCCGGAGUCGCGGUUGAGGUUCGGGAAAAUCCUACAUAGUCGGACGACUCGACACGACCACGAUACAGGUCUUCUGGUCAUUGACCCGGAGCGGAAGUGGCUGCUCAUCCAGCUCCUCCUGUCUGUCGAACUGGUCAUCCGCCUCGAUGCGGCCCUGAGACUAGGCGUGGCACUCCAUGCGGAAAACUUCGAGAUCAGCAGCGAAGAAAUUCACCAUUUCAAUAAGCUACGUAACCUCAAGGUUGAUUGGGACCUUGUGGCCGCCCGGCGGUUUCUGUUUCUAUCCUAUGUCAAGAAAAUUGAAAAGAGAGACUCAGCUCCCGUAACGCCGGUCCAUUCAUUGGAGCGACCUUCGACUCUCAGGCAGAAGUCUUCGGGCGACCACCGCCAUUCACUGUUUGGCGAUCUCAGACACAAGAUGGGGUUGGACAAAUCGGAUGCCGAACCACACGUUGUGCUUGAUGUCUGCGACGUGGCCAUAAUGGCUCGACAACCGACGGUAAUGGUGGACGGCCUCUUCCGCUUCGCCACCAACAUUGGAUGGCCGCGAAGUGAGCAGCUGCACGAAUCCCUGAAGCAGAAGCUGUGUACGGCGUCGGUGGAAGAGAGGGAGAAGAUGCUGAUGGAUGCGAUCGUCUGCCCUGAUGACAACACCGCCACGACUAGCCCGGUCAGCUUGACGCCUCCGCUCCAGAGGUUCAAUGUCGAUCUACAUCCCGCUACACCCACCACCAUCGGCGGCUGGCUCUCACACAGCUGGCUCUCAGGUCUCAUCCUCCCGGGCACCUCGAUCUGUGACAUCCUGAUGUCCACGCUCCUCGAGAACGACCCUGACCCACGGACUCUCCAGCAUCUUGGCUCUGCCCGCCUACCGCUGCGAGCGUCGGGGUUCAUCCUUGACGGAUCUUCCUGGUGGUCCAAAUCCUGUAUCGUGGGGCGGGUCAUGGCACCGACAAAAGGGGGUAUGGAGUCGAUGGGUUGGAUUCACACGCCCAAGUUCGUGCCCUUGUUCGAAAACACCCGCGAGCCGGUGGGCAACCGCUGGGUGAAGAUCAAGACCUUUCCUGUGCCCACAACUCGCGACCGGCCGAGAAUAUUCGACGGUGACAGAUUGGCCGAGGAUUCGACUCCGCUGGGUAAGGGGAAAGGAGGCAUCAUGGGCACCGAGUUCAGUAUGGUAACUGACCACGUCUUGGACGACGGAAGCAUGCCCGAAGUCACAGUCAAGGACAUCAAGGUGCAUUUAUCCAGCUCGGACCUGACCCUCGCAUCUGCGGAACACCCACUGUCCGCAUGGGCUCAGUUCGAACUUAUCCUCGCACCACCUACAACCCCGACUCCAUCCCAUCUAUCAUCGGGAGAGACGCUCACUAGCGAGACGGCUCGGCUCCAGAUUCGCUACGGCCUCGAUCGCGCUGUGUACUUUGUGACCUCCCACCCAUGCCGCCUGCCUCACGGCCAUGCCACAUUCAAGCCCGGCUCACUGGAUGCGCAUUACGAACAACAACACCCCAAACACAUAAGAGGCGUGGCGGAACACAUCCCUGCGCAUCCACUGCACAAGACAUAUGCCUACGUGACCAAAACACUGGCCGAGAUUGUGCAGAAUCCAGAGCUGGAUCCCCCGAAUCCAACGAGGAUGGGCGAUGAAGGCGUCUGGAUCAUCGAUGCGCGAAGUCACGGCCAGUCGCCACACAGUUCACAGACCUCCCUACAUGGCGAGACACCUACACCGUCUUCAACGCCGACGCCAGCCGCAGCUGAGGGAGCAACCCAUGGCGUCACAAGUCCCAAAGUGCACCUUGACUAUCUCCAGCGCUAUCUCCACGGAAGCACCGACCCGCAACUGUGGAAAAAGGACAUCCUCAUACGGGCGUGGUGUGCCGAAAAGGGUCGCAACGCCAUCGUGGCCCGAGUCGGACGCACAUGCCUAUCCUGUGCGAUCCGCGAGGCCAAGGCGCUCGAGAUCUCGGUCAUUAUCAGGGUCGGAAUCAAGGAGUGA